AUGCCCUCUUUCACGGAUAGUUUCUGGUCGAAAGAUUUUGAUGCAGGUGUAGACCAGCUAUUCCACGAAUUACACAAAGGUUGUAGCCAAAAUGCGUUGUUUAUUCAGCUAUUUGCGUCAAGAAUGCAGUAUGAAGUGAAUUACGGGCGUCAACUCUGCAGCACUAUUUCAAAUAUAGAGGGAUUUCCUAAGGAACUGGACUCUUCGCUGUCGUUGGACAGUGCUCUCAGCCGAAUGGCGAGUGCCAUGGAGGAUGAAGGGAAUCAGCAUCUGGUUAUAGCUGCGGACAUCGAAGCCACCGUGCUUCGACCAUUUAGCAAAUGGUGCGAAGAACACGAGCAGAGGAUUGAUUACUCGGAAAAGAUACUGAAAACUAACGUCUCCAACUACCAAAAAUCCAAGAAAUAUAUUGAGAAGUUGGAGCAGCGAUAUUUCAACAAAUGCCGGCAGCUUGAAGACUACAAGAGAUCCAACUUCACCGAUGACGAACUCGUCGGUACUAUGAAGAAUUUGGAAGUAUUCGAGGAACAGGAGUCGAAUCUCGCUAAAGAGAGAGAGUUUGAAACGUUUGGCAAAUUUGGCAAUCUCGAUUUUGACGUCAGAACUAUGCGCGAGACCAUCAAGCUUCUUCUCACGCAAUUAGAGAAAUCUGAAUAUAAGGUGCCGUUCAUCAACUUCCACUUCGAUGACACUAAUAAUGGCAGUGAGAUUGUCAAAUUCAUCAUGGAAAACCUCAAUAUCAAAGAUGUAGAUCAAGCGGAAUUAUUCGGACAAGACCUUCUCAACAGCGGCUUUCUCAAAUACUGCAACGGUGUUGGAAACACCUUCGUGAACUCUAGGAAGUUUCAAUAUAGUUGGAAGCCAUAUGCAUACAAAUUCGCCCAAGUCCCACAAACCAGCGCUUCUGGAGGCAGCGAGCAACAAACCGAAGAGGCCGCUCCUGUGUUUUCGGAAUACCUUUCGGACUUUACUUCGAAGAUCUCAGGUUCAGCAAGUCCAGAAACAGCCCCAACCACCAUCUCUACCCUUGAAAGAACGCUAUACAAGCUCAAAAAAGAAAUGGAGUUGUCUGACGCGAAAUAUCAAAAAGAAUGCAAAAAGUUGGACGAGCUUCGGUGUUCAUUGGAGGAACUUAUUGUAGACCAUUUCACAUUUAUGGAGAAGUGCGAGUUAGACAGACUCAAGGCCUUAGAGAAGGUGAUUUUGGACUUUUCGCCUAUUCUGUCAAAAAAUGCUUCAGCCAUGAAUGAAAUACUGGCCGUUGUGCUAAAAACUGGCUCAGAAGUAGACACUACUCUCGAUUUGUCCAGGUUGGUUGAAAGGUCGAAAACAGGUGUAUUCCAACCUCAUGUCAUCACAUACAACAACUACUACAACCCAGGAGGAUACCAAAACUUUGGGAUUGAUUUGGACAGUCGAUGUAGGCUGGAUAAGACAGUGGUCCCGCUGAUCAUUUCUGCCAUUCUUUCUUUUAUGGAUCAUAUAUACCCGGAGCUGCCCAACGACAAGGUCAGAACGACAGUGUGGACCAUACCCGUUAAACUGAAUUCUACUCAUAAAUUGAGAAGUGCACUCAAUCAGGCAUCCUUCGAAGAGGAAGCUGAAAUUAUCAACAUCCUUAACGACUUUGCAAAGGAGCCCAGUACCAUAGCCAGUGUCCUUAAAAUAUAUUUGCUGGAGCUGCCUGAACCUUUGAUCUCGAACGAUGUGUAUGACAUCCUCGAGGCUCUGUAUGCAGAGUUUCCUCCCACAAACGAGGAGAGUGACGAACAGGCUACGAUCGAUUCACGUAGAGUCAAUGGAAUUUCAAACGCUCUCAACUCAUUGUCGAAACCGCACAUCGCUUCUCUGGAUGCCAUUACUUCCCAUUUCUCGAGGCUCAUAAAAAUCCUGAAGAUGGGCUCCUCUGCUACAAGUGAGGUAUUGGCUAAUGAAUUCGUGCAGUCGGUGUCUCAAGAGUUCUCCAAUUGCAUCAUUAGGGUGAAGACUAGUAGUGGUAACAAUCUGGGAUACAAAAUCUUUUUCGAUCUACUGAUGUUCAGGAAACCGAUUUUUCGAGAGUUGAGAAGAAGCAACUCAAAGGUUUCAGACGAUACGCACAGCUGA